GAAAGGAGCGGCCCUCUGUUAUGGGCUGUUUUGUUUCUAUGGAAAAACCGCAAUGAAGAGUUCCCUCACUCUCUCCCUAUGUCGGGCAGAGCUAAUGUGCAGCCUGUGAACUCAUGGAAGGGGGUGCUCAAGCUCUUCACAUGCAUAGCCACUAGAACAGCCAACAACCCCAAAGAGGUCCCCACAUUUCAAGAGAAGAAGAAAGCCUUAUUUGGGAAUCUUAUGGACGAAGAAAUGAGUCGCCAGACCGCCACAGCGCUGCCAACAGGAACCUCCAAGUGCGCCCCCUCCCAGCGCAUCCCCACCCUGUCCGGCACUACAGCCUCUAACAGCGACCUGGCCAGCCUGUUUGAGUGCCCUGUCUGCUUCGACUAUGUGCUGCCCCCCAUCCUGCAGUGCCAGAGCGGCCACCUGGUCUGCAGCAACUGCCGUCCCAAGCUCACCUGCUGCCCCACCUGUCGGGGCCCGCUGGGCUCCAUCCGGAACCUGGCCAUGGAGAAGGUGGCCAACUCUGUGCUGUUCCCCUGCAAGUAUGCAUCGUCGGGCUGCGAGGUAACGCUGCCCCACACAGACAAGGCGGAGCACGAGGAGCUGUGUGAGUUCCGGCCGUACUCCUGCCCUUGCCCAGGGGCCUCCUGUAAGUGGCAGGGCUCGUUGGACGCGGUAAUGCCCCACCUCAUGCACCAGCACAAAUCCAUCACCACGCUGCAGGGCGAGGACAUCGUGUUCCUGGCUACAGACAUUAACCUGCCUGGAGCAGUGGACUGGGUCAUGAUGCAGUCCUGCUUUGGUUUCCACUUCAUGCUGGUCCUGGAGAAGCAGGAGAAAUACGACGGCCACCAGCAGUUCUUUGCCAUUGUGCAGCUAAUCGGCACGCGGAAGCAGGCAGAGAACUUUGCCUACCGCCUGGAGCUCAACGGGCACCGGCGACGGCUCACCUGGGAGGCCACGCCCCGUUCCAUCCAUGAGGGCAUUGCCACAGCCAUUAUGAACAGCGACUGCCUGGUGUUUGACACCUCCAUCGCGCAGCUGUUCGCUGAGAACGGGAACCUGGGCAUCAAUGUCACCAUAUCCAUGUGCUGAGGACUGUCAGGUGGACAGCCACUAACACACACACGCAUACAGACACACAUAUACACACUCCACACUACAGGAAACCUGGGUUUGGAGAGCAGCAGGGUGUAAGUGUUGUCCCAAGGAACCUGUUGCCAUUGUAAAUUGUGGUUUAGAACUUUCACAGAUUGGUAAGAGCUUGAUGCAAACAAUGGAACUCUAUCCCUGGGAUUACAUUUAGGCUUCAAUACAAUAUUCAUUCAAUAAUUAAAGGUAAGUUUUUCUGAGGAUAAUCCACCAAUGCCCUUCAACCCAGAGCACACCUAUGGAGUGAACACUUCAACAGGUGGGAGCUCAGUUUUGUGUCCAUCUUUGCAGAGGGAAGCUGGCAGAAGUGUUACAGAUAGUGAGAGACGGAGUGGGUGGACUCAAUUUGAGGGAGGGUGGGGCAUCAAAAACAAUGGCAAAUGUUUUUAUUUUUUAUAUAUUGCAUUUCAGUUGAGUCGAAGUGAAAUGAACUAUUAAUGUUUUUGAUUUUUAAUUAUGUUGUCCUUUUUUCCCCUCCUUGGAUGAGAAGGUCCUAGUACUGUGUGCACGGACAUUGGCUGAAAAGCUAGUUUGGUCUCUCUGGAGUCCAACGGUUUCAGCCUAAACCACUGAAUAUCUGACCAGGGGUGUAUUUGUUACUCCAAUUCUGUUGCAAAACGUUUUGUCUGUUGCAAAGCGUUUUACAACUAAAACAAGAGUUUCUAUUGGACAAAUUCAGGUAGGUCCCUCAGUUUCGUUCUGUUUGGUUCUUAAACGGUAAAUGUUUUUCCGUUGCAAGAUGUAAUGAAUACACCCCAGGAAUGAGGACAGUUUCUACAGUUAUAAUAUCGUUAUUAUUAAAUGGAGAUUGUUAUCAUUUUUGUAAUGACUUUUAAUGAAUGAAAAAGGCUGUACCCUUGUGGCUAAUCUUUCAGUGUUUGUAGAUCAAUUGUGUCGUUCUUUCGAAAACUUCAAUGUAUUUUAUUUUGUAAGUUAGUUUUCGCUCGUCGUUUGUCCGUCUUUGUCUAAAUUCUGUUUGUGAGUGGGCGUAGCAAUGCCAAACAUCUCUGUGGAUACAUAGUACUGUUGCUGGGCCCCAUCUCUUAAUUGUCUUGUUUUAUUUUGUCAUUAAAUAAAUCUCUUUUUCAUACCUUG